AUGGAUGAAUUUAUGAAUGUAACACCGUCGCUGAACGAUAAGCCAAUCACACAAAAUUCUUCUAUAAGUGAUUUAGUGAAUCACAAUCCAGUGAAUUGGUCAAUGUCGGAUGUUGCCACAUGGUUAAGCUCGUGUGGUCUGAAACAGUAUGCUUCCGCGUUUGAAGAGAACACCAUAGAUGGUGGUGUGUUGAUGGACGAAGAUUUCGAUGAAACAACUAUCAAAGAACUUAUACCUAACAUCAAGGAUCGACUAUUAUUUAACAAAGAACGAAAAAAGCUACGUAGAGAAAAUAAACUGAUUACUUCUCAAUCGACACUGAUCAAUCUGCCUGAAAAUUCUAAAACAUACCUGCAGAAAGUUGAUCUGAGCGCGUCUAGUUCUUUUUCUGAACUUAUGGACAACGAGAUGUAUUCAUCAGUUCGUACUGGCAUAAAAGCUCAAUGUAAAUGGGAACUUCACGAGCACAAAGUUACUCGACUUGAUAUCGCUGAACUACUCCACCCAUGGACUAGUACACAUAUCCAAGUUAUUCAGAAUGCAUUGAAUGCCGGAGCUUUGGAUAUUUUCAAGAAAAUAUUUGGCUAUAUGUGCAUAAAACCAGAAUCAGAUGGAUUCGAUUCUGAUUUGAAUAUUAUUAUUAAUGAAGCAAUUACUAGCGAAAUUAUUUUUCACAAUAUUACUCAUUCUUGCUCUUUAAAAUCUUACAUUCUUGACAGUUUGAAGCGUUAUCAUAGUCUAUUUGAUAUUAUGGAUGCACUCUCCUCCUGUCUGAAUGCAGUCCGAACGAAUAGUUCCAUGGAUGCAUUUCUAGAUAUUAUCGAACAAAUUACUAAAUAUAUAUUAAUUAUUUGUACCAUAGAAUCUUUAUCUUCUGAUAGUCAAAGAUUUCUAGGAAAUAUGAUUCGUAAAAAUGGUUUACCUAUUCCACUGGCUUAUUACACACUUGGUACGAAUGGAUUAGAAUUUAAAAUUAAUUUCAACACACUUGCCGAAACUUUUUGCUUUUCCAGUGAUCGCAUUAUAUUGUACUUCGGCAGUCCGACAUCUAUUGGACUUGGUAAAACAAGUAUUCUGCCAUAUUUAUUUGAAAAUAUUCGAAGCGAGAUGUUGAAUACAGAUGGAAAUCUACAAUUUAGAUCAAGCUGUAUUGAUGCUAUGUUUGCUUCAUUCACAAAAACUGAUUCAUACAUUGUGUUUGAUAUUCAUGGCACAAUGACUACAAUAAAUGAAGAUUUAAUUACUGCGAUUCAGCAAUAUUCUUCCAUGCAGAUUCUCUUUGUAACUGAAGCGGAUUUACAAAAUCGAGAUUUUCUGCUCAAAACAAUGAAUUAUUCGACUGAAACCAGGAUGAAACCAACGAUCGUUGUAGUUUUUGAUUCAAAAUAUGACGUAAAGUCUAACUCGUCCUGUGAAACAUUUCAGCAAGCUUUUGCCAAAGAAAAUUGGUUGAAUACGUUUUAUAUCAGAGCGCCUAUAUUAAGUAAAUCGAUUAGAGAGUCAAAAUUUAAUGAAAAAAGACGACUAAAACUGUUACGAAACAGUCUCAUGGAAACUUUCCGCUCCACACUUGCAGUCUUACGUGCCCCAUCGAAUUUUGAAUCAAUUUUUAUGAUUCAAGCACAUUUCAUAAAAAUAAAAUCGACUGGUAAUGCUCCGCCACCAUCAUUAUAUAUGUUUGAAAUACAUCAAACACUUGAAUCUCUAUUUAAGAAAUUGUCCGAUAAAACGGAUAACCUAAAACUUGUUACGCCUAUUACCUAUUUGGAAAGUGCCAAACUUAAAUGUGAAAAAGAAUUAUCUCAACUUUGGGAGCAGUCAUCUGCUGAUCUGAAUGUUCAGCUAGAGGAAAUUCGAAAGCAAUAUCAAUCUAUCGAUCAAAUCCCUCAAUAUACCAUGUUCUUUAUUGAUCUGCUUGUAAAACAUCCAUACAUCGAACUAUUGAUAGCAGAAAAAUAUCUAGAAUUAUGGCGAGCUCAGUAUGAAAAACCGUUGUUUAGUCAAUUAAACGCAGAAAAUGAGGGUGCUUAUAUCGUUAUGUCUCGUAUUAAGCAUCUAGAAGAACAAUGUGCACUACAUGUUAACAAAGGUAAUGAAGCUGAAGUUGAAAACAUACUCAAUCAAACUAUCUUGGCAAAAGAGGAUUACAAAGCACGUGAACAUCGAAUUAUUAAAAUUGAAAAUCAAUUAUCAAAUAUUGAUUUGACAAUCGGUUUAUUUUGCGAUGAAAUUUUUGCACUCUAUGAGCACCUUCCUAAGCUUUUUGUGUCUAACAAUCUAUCAGAACUACUAGCCAAAACGUUUGUCGACCUUAUGUACAAAGGAUUUUCGUUUCACAUUCUGCGUGGGCGCCCUCUACGGUGUCACAGUAAAUUGAUACAGUUAUCUCUCAAUCACAUGCAUCAGUCGUUCAACAAAUCUCCUAUCGUACUGACAGUUAUUGGAGAACAAUCUUCAGCUAAAUCCUCACUUAUGAAUGCUACGUUUGGUUGCAACUUUCGCGUCAGUGCAGGUAGAUGUACUAUUGGUAUGUACCUCAGUGUCGUACGUUGGCAGUCUCAUCCAAUCGUCAUAUUCGAUACAGAAGGUCUUUUGUCACUUGAAGAGUCAGGCUCAAUAUUUGAUAAUCAAAUGGUAUCGAUGGCAAUGCUGACUUCACAUAUGGUACUUGUUAAUCACAAAGGUGAAUUAAGUGCUAAUUUGGAGCAUCUAGUUGGCAUGAGUUUCUAUGCAAAACUACAAAUUCGAUCUCCUCUAAAGCCAAAACUCUUAUUUAUCUUGCGUGAUCAAUCAGAUACUAAUGCGAUGGAUAUAUUCAUUAAACAACUUGCUAAGUUUAAAGAAAACUUAUACAAUGAUUGUAAAUUUCUGAAAUCAUCGAUUGACGACGAAUUCGAAAUCAAUGAACGGAAUAUUAUUUUAUUACCAAAUGCAUUUUCUAGUGAUUACAAUUCUAUUUUGGAGAUCGAACAAACCUGGCGCAACCGUACAUUUCCUAUGAAAAUUAAUGAACUACGAAAGAUAAUUUCGAUGAGUUUAUUUGAGACUGGUAGUCAAAUCUAUCAUGAUAUACGACAAUUGUACCAGAAGAUCGUUAGCAACUGGGAUGCAAUUGAUAAUCUAGGCCCUAAUUUACUAGCAUGCAAAACACUUUAUGAACUUUCUAUGAAGAAUGAACUACGAGAAAUUGCACGGAGCAUUACAGAAAGCUGUAUCAUAGUUAUACACAAUCAAGGUAGACAGCAUAUCACUAAAAUAUUAUCAGAAAUUACGCCUAAUAAUUGUUCACAAUUGGAUAUCACUCAUUUCUCUACUCAGUUCUACGCAGCGAUGCAGACUACUCAUAGAAAUAUUAUGGAAGAAGCAUCUAAUGAUUAUAAUUCAAAAACGCAACGCAGCUGCUUUCCACCAGAAAUCAAAGAAAAGGUGGCAAAGUUGAUUGAGCCACCCAUUUUAAAUAUGCAAGGGUUGUUACGAGCGGAAUUCGAAGAAUGCUUACAUAAAAGAAUUCAUGAUGUACGAGUUUCGAAUGCACAACAUCGACUUAUCGGCGCUGUCCAGGAAGAAUUCGAUAGAAACAUAAAUUUGAACACGGAACAAUUACAAGUUCGAAUAAAUAAGGUCUAUCAAGAGGAGCUUGAAAGAUGUACGCAGAGAAUUCUAUCAGAAUCGGAGGCACCAGAUCAAAUCAAGUUGAGAGUUAUCAAGUUUUACAAUUCAGAUUUAAGGGCAAAAGCUGCAAACACAACCAUACAGAGUGUUUAUAAUUUACUGCGCCCAUUUGACGUUAAUCAGUUUCAAAAACGUUUGCAAGAGUUGGAAGAAGUCUAUCAAUGUGUUAUAAGCUACACACAACCUAAACAACCUUCAAAUAUUUCUUUCUUUCGCCGUUUUGUAAAUUUUGUCAGAAAUAAUGGUAAUAAAGAGAACGAAGAAAGAAUAUGGGAGUUAUUAUAUUGUCAAGUAGAAUCUUGGUUUCAGGAGAAACAUUACGACAAUAAACACAAAAAUCGUUUAUUAAAGAUUGUCGAAGGAUGCUUUCCUCAACUGUGUGAUGAUAUAACUCAGAUGAUACGAGCUCAACGUUCUUCAGAUCCGUGUAUCAUUUCACAUACACUGACUUACAUUCAAAAUUUCUAUAAUAACGAGAUAAUCGUAAAUGAGCGAAAGCACUUGGUACUACAUCAUUUUCUGUUGGAUGUUGCUGUUAUUGCUCUUAGAAAAUUAAUCGAAGAAAUCAUCAAAACUGAACAACAUCGUCACGAGAAAGAUAUAGAAAAGGCACGUAAUGAUUUGGCAACAUGGCGAGAGAAUCUGAAAACUCAAAUUGAUCACAUGCACGAUUCAUUUGAACAAGGCAAAAACAUGGCUACCAUUAUGAGCGAAGAAAUUUUUAACGAAACUGGUCGUAUAUUACUUGAUAAAAUCCUGCAUGAUAUAACUGAAGAGAUUGGAAGGAGUCAAUUUAUUAAUCAUGAUGCCGUUCAAAAUCAAGCCUAUCAAGAAAGUUUUGAACAAGGCAACGGAGAAAAAAUUUUAAAGUAUGUUUUGGAUAUCAAUCGUUAUUUUCGUGAACUAAGUUUACGUGAGAUAAAUACAAAAUUUGAAGCUGUUAUUUACAUGUAUAUGCGGGAUGCUGAACAAUUUAUUAUAGAUGUGUUCAAUAUCGUUAAUGAUACUGCGCAACAAAGCCAACUUGAUAAUGCCGGCUUAAUUGCUGAUGAGAUCGAAAAAAGUAUACUUGAUAAGGGCUUAUUAGGAAGCAAUGUUGGCAAUAUGUUUACAUUCAAAGGAAUCAUAUCGCUACCAAUUCACAGUCUUAUGAAUUUUAAACAAGGCUUCAAAACGCUUCUGGACAGCUUCGAUAAGAUUCCUGAUCGUGUGGUGGCAUUGACAAGAGAUGUGAAAAAGAAUGCUUACAAUGGAUGUAGAAUGAGAAUAUCACGACAACUCGGUUGUCAAAGUCGAUGUCCUGGCUGUGGUGCAAAGUGUAGCCGACCAGAGCCCCAUGAGGAAGAGCUAGUGAAGCCAUGGCACCAGUGUGAAUGUGCACCUGCUAGUUGCAGUUGUAAUCCACCAAAACCACAGCUCAUGGUAGUUCAUGGGACUCCUCAUCAUAUUGCAGAGGCAUUUUUCGGAAGAAAAUAUUACAAAAAGCACACACCAGUUCUCAAGCUUUGCUACCAGUAUUGGAUGACAUCUGGAAUGCAUAUUGGUGACGAUGAAUAUGUCUCUCCACUGCAAAAAUAUUAUAGCCAAUACCACCCCGAUUGGUAUAAUAAUCUAAAUGAACUCGCUAUCACAGGGAACGCUUGUAGUAAGAAUAUUCCACCAACUGAACAGCGUCGAGCUUGGAUGAUUGUGCGACAUGUUCUUGUUUCGCACUAUGCUCGUAGGAAAAUGGUUGAUGAAGAAUCUUAUGAUGAAAAGUUAUAUCCAUCUAAUAUUGAAGCAUUACCCAAGGACUUUGAGCCAAAAUGGAACGACAAGAAUUACGAAUCUGAUGAGGACAAUGGUUAA